CAGAGCUGUGGCAGGGAGCAGACCGUCACCCAGCUCUGUGCCUCCAGUUGACUCAAAUGUGCCAUGUUCCCGCACCUGCUUCUCCCACUCGUGACCCUCGCCAUCAGCCCCAUCCCAGGAGCUUCCCAGGAUCCAGCUGCAAGUCCUGCUCAGGAAGAACCUGGAGAUCUGGACUGUGGUCGCCCUGAGUCCUCUGCCAGAAUAGUGGGGGGCUCCGACGCGCAGCCGGGCCGCUGGCCGUGGCAGGUGAGCCUGCACCACAGCGGGGUGCACAUCUGCGGCGGCUCCCUCAUCGCCCCCUCCUGGGUCCUCUCCGCCGCUCACUGUUUCGUGUGGAACGGGAGCUUGGAGCCCGCGGCCGAGUGGUCGGUGCUGCUGGGCGUGCACUCGCAGGACGAGCCCCCGGACGCCGCGCACGUGCGGGCAGUGGCGGCCAUCCUGGUGCCGGACAACUACAGCGACGUGGAGCUGGGCGCCGACCUGGCCCUGCUGCGCCUGGCCGCGCCCGCCAGGCUGGGCCCCGCCGUGCGCCCCGUCUGCCUGCCCCGCGCCUCGCACCGCUUCGCGCACGGCACGGCCUGCUGGGCCACCGGCUGGGGGAGCGUGCAGGAGGCGGACCCCCUGCCUCUCCCCUGGGUGCUGCAAGAAGUGGAGCUAAAGCUGCUGGGAGAAGCUGCCUGUCAGUGUCUCUACAGCAGGCCUGGCCCCUUCAACCUCACUCUCCAGCUCUUGCCAGGCAUGCUGUGUGCUGGCUACCCAGAGGGCCGCAAGGACACCUGCCAGGGAGACUCCGGGGGACCCCUGGUCUGUGAGGAACAAGGGCGGUGGUUCCUGGCGGGAAUCACCAGCUUUGGCUUUGGCUGUGCACGAAGGAACCGCCCUGGAGUCUUCACUGCGGUGGCUCCCUACGAGGCAUGGAUCCGGGAAAAGGUGAUGGGCCCAGAGCCUGGGCCUGCCUUUCCCCCGCAGUCCCGGGGGCCCCCAUCCGGCCCCCAGGAGCCCAUGGAUGAGAACUGCACCAUCGCCCUGCCAGAGUGUGGGAAGGCCCCGCGGCCAGGGGCCUGGCCCUGGGAGGCUCAGGUGAUGGUGCCGGGAUACAGACCCUGCCAUGGGGCGCUGGUGUCGGAAAGCUGGGUCUUGGCACCUGCCAGCUGCUUUCUGGACCCCAGCAGCUCGGACCGCCCGCCCCGCGACCUGCACAGCUGGCGCGUGCUGCUGCCCUCGCGGCCGCACGCGGAGCAGGUGGCGCGCCUCGUACCGCACCGGAACGCUUCCCGGGACGACGCGGCGGACCUGGCGCUGCUGCAGCUGCGCGCGCCCGUGAACCUGAGCGCCGCCCCGCGGCCGGUGUGCCUGCCUCGCCCAGAACACUAUUUCCUGCCCGGGAGCCGCUGCCGCCUGGCUCGCUGGGGCCGCGGCGGGCCCGCGCCCGGCCCGAAUGUGCUGCUUGAGGCGGAGCUGUUGGGCGGCUGGUGGUGUCACUGCUUGUACGGCCGCCAGGGGGCGACAGUGCCGCCGCCGGGAGACCCGCCGCAUGCGCUCUGCCCCGCCUACCAGGAGGAGGAGGAGGCCGGCCGCUGUUGGAACGACUCCGGUUGGAGCCUUUUGUGCCGGGAGGAGGGGACCUGGUUCCUGGCUGGAAUCAGAGACUCCUCCAGUGGCUGCCUGCGCCCCAGAGCCUUCUACCCUCUUCAGACCCACGGCCCAUGGAUCAGCCAUGUGACUCGGGGGGCCUACCUCGAGGACCAGCUGACCUGGGACUGGGGCCCCGAGGGGGAGGAGACUGAGACGCACACUUGUCCCCCCCACACAGAACAUGGUGCCUGUGGCCUGCGGCGAGAGCCGGCCCCGGCCGGGCUCCUGUGGCCCUGGCUGGCAGAGGUGCAUGUGGCUGGCGGUCGCGUCUGCGCGGGGAUCCUCGUGGCCCCCGGCUGGGUCCUGGCAGCCACUCACUGUGUCCUCAGGCCAGGCUCUACAACAGUGCCUUACAUUGAAGUGUACCUGGGCCGGACCGGGGCCAGCCCCCUCCCACAGGGCCACCAGGUGACCUCCGCACCUCCGCUCCUGUGCCAGAGUGAGGGAGGCUCCUGGGUCCUUGUGGGCAUGGCUGUUAGAGGGAGCCGGGAGCUGUUUGCCACCAUUGGCCCUGAAGAGGCCUGGAUCUCCCAGAUAGUGGGAGAGGCUCAUUUCUUGCCCCCCAGUGGCUCCCCCUACUGGCCCCCUGAAGGCAGCUACCUCUGUCCUCUGGACAUGGCUGGGGCCUCAGGCUCCCCUCCUGCUGCUCUGUUCCUGCUGCUACUACUGACCCCCCUGAUUCAGGGCUGAGGGGUCUGGCUCCCCAGACCACCUCCCCUCCUCCUUCCCCACCCCCUCCAGCCCUCUACUUCCUUCCCAGUGGGGUUGGAAUGUGACUUAACCGGCUUUCAGUCCCUUUACCAGAACAUCCAGAGCUCCCCACCCACCUAGACUGCAAUGGCUUCAGAUAAUUGGGCCUCAGUGCCGGGAUAUUUUGUG